CAAGAGCCAUGAAAGCUAAGGAAAAGGCCACUGCCAAAUCUGAGACUAGAGUAGCUGAUAUUCCAAAGAUUGGAAGCCAAAUAAUCUCAAAGGCUAUUGACAAGAGCAGAUUCCAGCUUGGUCAUCACAAGAUUGUUGAGAGCAAAGACGUUGAGAGCAAGAGGGAUCUGCACAGUGUCCUCUUCAAUGGCAAGCAGAAUCGUCAGAAGAAACAGUUCGGAAUGAAGAGAGGAAGAGACAACAUCAAGCACCACUUCAGAAAUAAGUGUCUCAUGUAAAAUCUUUUUGCUCUAACAUAUUUCUAAAAAAUCUUUCAAGUUUGGACUCUGUUCACCGAAAUUAGUGAUCAACGUUCACUAGGUUUUACCUGUAUCUUUUUGGCUUAGGAAUUUCUGGAUUAACCUAAGCAACCAUAUCUAAGGAGGAUCUCUUGGGCUGGUGGGGUAGCGACACUUUUCAAGUUUUUAGGUGAAUUCUCUCUCCAUAUCUACCUCUGAAUAUCCAACGGAUCAAGAUUCAGUUUAAUGGGAAAUGAAUGGCCAAUUUAGCCAACUUGGAUUUGAAAUUUCUCUAGAUCCUGUAUCUU